UUCUUAUCUUCCCCUGCACACGCCCUGGUCGAGUACAAUUUUGAGUCUUCGCCAGGAAGUUUCAUUGUCAGAUCCCAAUUCUUUACCAUUUCCGUACAUUUCGAUAGCCUCGCUCUGAUCCAGCUUUAUCUCAACAUAAGCGUACCACAAGCGAGUUCUUUAGUCUCCAGCAUAUCUCAUCAGUUUUUAGCUCUAGAGCAGACUAUACCAGCAACAAAGUAACUUCAGCACAGCAUUACUGAAUCAUACGUACAGCAAAGUCAAAGAUUGCCAAGUCCGACUUCUAAACCAUCAUCUGCUUCACUUCUCUGCUCAUCACACAUAUAUUUAUUACGAGACUUGAAGUUAUUUUCAUAACACAGAGACUAUUGUAAAAGUCUGCACCACAAACAUUCUUGUUCUACAGUAUAUCUAUCACCUAACUUUAAAGAAGUGUUGACGAAAUCAUCUAUAUCGUCAGGUCUUCACAGAUAUCAAAAUAGAACUGACAAGCGAUAAAUCGUCGUCUUCAAAUUCAUUCAACCUAAUAUUUUUCAAGUUCAUCUUGGUAGAAUACCUUAUUAUUUAUUAUCCUUCAUCAACUCAACAUGUCUGAAGCCACAUUGAAGGCCAAUGUCCCGGAAAUCUUAACUACCACGCCCUCUCCACCACUUGUGGCUCCUGUUAUGAGACACCUUAAAACUGAUUCCAUCAUCGGCAGACUCCACAGCGACACAGACAUCCCGCAAAUCAGACCCUUUACUGGCCAACUUCACCGAUCAGCGACUGAGGAUACAGAGAAUACCGCUGAGGAAGAUGACUCCAACGAUCUCCUUCAACUUUUCAACAACAAGCUGUCUGAUGGAUACAGAAACAUAAAACUUUCUAUCCCACAAGAGAAAAAGCUUCUCAUAAAACAGUACUACCAGAAGCGUGUGUCGUUUGACACCAUAGACAUCCUGUACGACGACGACAUAAACGAUCUAUGGGAUGACACAUUCGGCUGGGAGUUGUACGACAGCAUUGCGGGAAACAUGAAGGCAAAGGAUUCUCGAGGUAGAAACAGAGCCGUUUCUCCUAGAAGAUCUCCAGCAGGUAGUCCUGGCGAACUCUCACCUCUUCGAGGUUAUUCGUAUUCGAAUAGUCUCAAAACGAAAGGAUUGGAUCUCAGCAACUACGACUUGUCUCCUCUUGAUAUUGAUAUUAACAGACUCGAUGCUUCCAGACUCGAUGAGUCCAUCUUUGCUCUCCUGUCUGCUGCUUCCAACGUGAUCUACCCCACUAGGCCAAUUAUCACCCAUCGUGGUUGUACAUAUUCAAAGUUGCACAAGGACUAUGAGAACUUAUACUUGAACAAGCUUAACAAUAAAGAGCAUGGAUUCUUGAAGCCAGUGCUUGCACUGAGAACCAUCUUGGUGUAUAUCUCAGGACGUAAACAUACCUGGGUAGCUCUUGACUGGAUUCUCCGUAACUUUAUAGAGCAUGGGGACACUGUUAUAGUCGUUUCUGCUGUGAAUUCGCCAGACUUGUUGAAUCCCAAGAGACGUAAUUCUUACUAUUCUCCGCAUUCUUUUGCACCACCUAAGUCGGCUCUAGGCAGAUUCAAGAUGCGCAACAAGCCGGAGUAUAUCAACUUUAUUGCACGCAACGUCAUGUCAUACAUAAUGGAGGUUAUCAACCCCAAUGUCAUUGCCAAAAUCACAGUGGAAAUUGCAGUAGGAAAGACUAAGGACGUCUUGAAAGAAAUGUAUAAAUUGUAUGAGCCCAAUCUUGUCAGCACGGGAACGAAGCCCAACUCCAAGAUUGGAGCCCCCUUAAGGUCAUGGCUUUCUUCCAAGUUAACUGAUAGAUUAGUUAAGAACUUUCCAUUGCCAGUUAUUGUUGUUCCGGCCGUGAACAUGUGCAAAUUUGAGUACGACAUCCAGGACCAGAUCAAUCAGUUCCAUGCCAAAACUUCUACUUCAAAUAUGGAAUUCACAUCGUCUGAGUCGUCUCAAUCGACUUCGCAAUCUGGAGGUGCUAAUUCGAUGAAUUUGAGCAACCAUAGCACAGACUCCAAUUCCGAGUUCCAUCCCAGUACUUCAGAUGAAGGUUAUGCAUCUUCGAUUUCGUCAGAGUCUAGUGUUUCCUCAGAAGGCUCCUACUCUUCUUACCAAGAGAUUUCAAAUCUCUACUAUAACUACAAGAACGAGUUAUCAGCCGGACUUCAGAAGUUGAAGAAACAGCCUAUUGAUGAAAUGUACUUCGCCAACCAGUUGCGUUUGGUUUCUGAGAAAUCUGCAACGUUAUGCGAAGACAUCCGUGGCGUAGACCCUGAUUUCAGAGGCAACGGGUCCAAGUUGGCUCGUGCAAUUACAGGCUCUAACUCGUUUGGUGUAGUUCCUUACAAGACCAAGUCUUUAUUGGAUCCAGUAGUUAAGACUCACAGUAUGUCAUACAGUGAAUUAAAGAAAAAUUUGCAGAAGAGAAGCUCUGAGAGCAAGCCUACGUCUCCACUUUCGAUUCAAGAGACCCCAGCAAUUAUAGUUGGUGACCACGACGAAGAAUCGCCAGAUUCCACGAUUGUGCCUAAGAAAUCGGCUCUUACGUUUGUUAACUUGCAGCCGCCUAAUCUGAAGAAGAUCGGCAAUAAGUUGUUGCAGAAAUCCUUAUCCCACGAUAUAAACGAUAGCUCCAACCGACCCAAGUUGGAACCAUUAAAGUCACAUCCUGACUUGAAGACAUUAGCAAAUGGCAGUAACGAAUUAUUGCCCGAUGGUAAGAGAAAGAAGAGCAAGAAGAAGUUUUGGAAGUUCUUCUAG